ACCAUUGUGUCCUUCCAGGUGUCAGUUAAAGAGGAGGACUGGAUCGUAGUGACCCUGGAGCCAUCUGACCUGCGGGAGAACGUGACGGGGUAUGCUGCCCGGGUGAUGGGCGAGCCCCGAACCCACCUGCUACCAUUCCUGAACCUGACCGACCCCACCGCCACACCUCUGGUCUUUAACUCCUCCCACCACGGACUCUGCUACACUGUUAGCCUGCUGCUCAGACAGGGGAAGACCUGGUCCAAGUCCAUCCAGACUGUAUCUGUUCUCACCAAGCCGCGUCCGGUGGACAGUGUGGUGAUCACAGACUACCGAGAGGCUCCAGAGACAGGUGUGGUGUUUGAGAUCAGCUCCCCAGAGAACAACAUCUUCAGUCGGGUCAACAUCAGCUACGCAGAGGGCCGGGAGCAGAGAUCCAUGCUCUAUAAAGACUUCUAUAAGGGAAAGACUGUGUUUAAACACUGGCUCCCUGGGACGUGUUACAGCAACAUCUCCUUCCAGCUGAUCUCUGAAGCUACAGUCAACAGAACCACACUGGUCCGACGCAGCGACCUGACCCAUGAACCCUGGCAACACAGGACAGUGCCCAACCCUCCCCUCAACAUCUCCCAUAAGAUCGUACCACUCAGCCAGAGGGUGCUACCAGGGGGGGUCCCUAGCUCCGAGGUGACCCAGGACACGCCCCGGCGGGCGCGGGAUGUCCCCCUCAUAGAGGAACAGGAAUUACAGGAGAACCAGGAGAUACAGGAAGUGAUCUCAGAGGAGGUGGUGGGCGGAACCACCCAGGUCUCCUACAGCUCCGCCCCUCAGGGCUCCAACAGCUCGACAGGCUAUGCCACCUCUAUCUCUAACACUAACAACACAGCAGAAGAGACCGCCACGCAGCCCUAUUGGCCGGAGCCCUACGGUAGUCCCUCCCCUACGGAUGGAGAGGAGGAGUUUGUGAACGCGGUGGUUCCAGAGUAUGAGGACUCCAAUGAGCCGGGCUCUGCCAUGAGCCUGCCCCCAGAGAUCUCCGUCACCCCCACCCGCUUUCCCCCCAUACUGCUGGAGCUACGCUGGCUACCCCCCCGACCCCCCACCACAUACGACGGUUUCAACGUCUACAUCUACAGAGACGGUAACUCUACAGAGACGGCCACCGUGGAUGAGAACACUCAUGAGUUCUUCACGGAGCUGACAGAGCCUGGUACCUACAGAGUCCAGGUCACCACACUGAGCUCCGCGGGAGACUGUGAGGCCAGGGAGAGCAUCGCGUAUACAGGGCUCACCUUCUAUCUCAGCCCCAGUGGAGAGGUGCUGGAGCAGCCCCAGGAGCGGCCCCAGGGUGUCAGCAUCAGGCUGCUGGGCUCCAGUACUGCAGCGGUGUCCUGGGCCCUGUCCUCUGAGAGCCACAACGGCAGCCUGGUGUCAGUCCUGUCCCUGACCUGCCUCCGACCCAGCCUCAGCCAACGCAUGGAGAACACAUACUGCAGUGAGGAGAACACGACCAGUGACAUCCUGUCCAACCUGACUCCAGGUGCCCAGUACAGAGUGGUGGUGUACCAUACUAACGGUCCUCUCAUCAGUCCUCCUUCCGAACCUGUUAUCAUAGUCAUCGAGCCAACGGGAGUGCGGGAGCUGGUGGUGUAUCCUCUGAGCCCGACUGCAGUCAUCCUGUCGUGGCAGAGACCGUACCACGUGGCGUUCAGGAAGUACGUCCUGCAGACAUUCUUCUUCAACCCUGUCACGCUGGCCUCCGAGUGGACCACGUACUACGAGAUCGCUGCUACCGCCUCAGUCAUCGCAUCCGUGAGAGUGACAGAUCUGUUGCCGGCCUGGUACUACAACUUCCGUGUUACCAUGGUGACGUGGGCGAUCCCCCCUCUCAGCUGCUGUGACAGCUCUACUGUUAGCUUUGUUACAGCUCCUGAGGCCCCCCACAUCUCGUCAGUAGACUACAACCAUGGGACUCUGUACGUCCGCUGGACCUACGGGGAGCUCUUCAUAGACAUGUCCCACAGCAGGAUGCUACACUGGCAGGUCACAGCUCAUGGCAAGAAGGGAUCCAAGAGGACUUACUCCACUGAUGUCACCCGUAAUGUGAUGGGUGCCAGUCUGGCCCUGCCUCCAGGAGACAUUUACAACCUGACUGUAUCAGCCUGUACCGAAGGCAAACGCAACUCCUCUGCCCCCAACAUCAUUAAACUGGAGCCAGCCCCUCCGCGGUCCCUGUACGCGGUGAACGCCACCCACUCCUCAGUGACCCUGCUCUGGAGCGGGGAGGGAGUGGUUGACUUCUACCAGGUGCUCUGUAAACCCACCAACACCAUCAACAAGGACCUCAAGGCUCGGGAGCCUCUAACAGCCCAGUCCCAUGUGGUGACAGUGUCCAGCCUGCUACCCUCCUCCUCCUAUAACUGCAGUGUGAUCAGUUAUAGCUACAGUACGCCCAGCGAGCCAGCCUUCAUACACAUCUCUACUACAGCCAGAGAGAUGAACCCCAGCGUAGCUGCCAUCUCUGCUCUAGCAGUCCUCAGUGUCCUCCUCCUCAGCCUGCUGGUCCUCUUCCUACUGAUGCUGCGUAAGAAACACCUGCAGAUGGCCAGGGAGUGCGGAGCAGAAACAUUUGUCAACUUUGCUUCGUUUGAGAGAGACAGCAAACUGCCCUACAACUGGUAGGAAUUACCACAUCUCUACACUGAACCAGAAACCCAAAACAACAAGUCUGCUGUCCUCAGUCAACCAGACUAUCUGAAUGUUCAUAUCCAUUCCUCUAAUCCAUCAGACCAGGGAGAGAGAGAGAGGCUACAACUCUGUUUAACACUGGCUAGAGUUAGUAGGACUAACAUCUAAUCCAACUAUCAGACCAGGGAGAGAGAGAGAGGCUACAACUCUGUUUAACACUGGCUAGAGUUAGUAGGAAUAACAUCUAGUCCAACUAUCAGACCAGGGAGAGAGAGAGAGAGGCUACAACUCUGUUUAACACUGGCUAGAGUUAGUAGGA